AUGAAGAUCACCUUCCUCGUUCUCUUCGCCGGUUUCAUCUCUGCUGUCGUCGCUAUGUGAGUCUGUUACACCUUCAACCCUCUCCUCAACCAUGUCCUCGCUGAGUGUACACGCCCGACUUCCUUGACCGUCGUAUAACACAGGAGCGGCGGCGAAGUCCAGUGCAUCCACCAAUGCAACACCAAGGGGAACUGGCCAUCGUGA